GGGCGCGAUCCGGGGAGAAGGCGGCAGCGGCAGCGGCAGCGGGCAGCGGGCGGCAUGGAGCCUCAGCCGAGCAUGGUGUGGAAGAUCAUUGCAGGGCUCGAGCACAGUACAGGCAGGUCCCCAUUAGAAGGACACGUGCUACCCAUCCAAAUAUGAAAGCAACCAGAUUUUCUUAAAGAAAUCCUCCAUUAUAAAAUGUUGUUCACUGACAUUGACCGGAGCAUCUUCGUUGGGGGUUCUGAGGUCCAAUAAGAUGAGCAGAAAGGAAGGUGUGUGGCAGGAAGUUUGAUCCCAGCAGUCAGAUUGUGGACUGUCUGACAUUCCCUUGCAGCCGGCCAUUAGGCAGCACUUCAAUGAGUUCCCGGAGUCAAAGUUUCUUUCACCGCACCCCACCUGGUCCCUCCUCCAAGCCCCGGCUGGUGACCGGUGGGGUGUUGGGAGGGAUCGCACAGAUAACCCCGUUCCUCUACCUCAGCAGUGGGAAUGCAGCCACCAACCGCAACCUGGUCCUGUCCAAGGGCAUUACCUGCAUCAUCAAUGCCACCAUGGAGAUUCCCAAUGCCAACUGGCCGGAGGUGGAGUACGUCAAAGUGCCCGUGGCUGACCUGCCGCACGCCCCGCUCUCCCUGUACUUCGACAGCAUCGCCGACAAGAUCCACAGCAUCAGCAAGAAGCACGGCUCGGCCCUGGUGCACUGCGUGGCCGGGGUGAGCCGAUCUGCCUCCCUCUGCAUCGCCUACCUGAUGAAGUUCCACAAGAUCUCCCUGCUGGAGGCUCAUAACUGGGUCAAAUCCCGCCGCCCCAUCAUUCGCCCCAACGUGGGCUUCUGGAGGCAACUCAUAGAAUACGAGCGGAAGCUCUUCGGCAAGAACAGUGUUAAAAUGGUGCAGUCUCCCAUUGGGGUAAUUGCAGACAUUUAUGAAAAGGAAACCAGGAACCUCACCCCUUUCUGGGGCAUUUAACACAACUUGAGGGACUAAUCUUUGACAACACUGUAUAAUAAAAUUAAGUCACCCAUAGGAUUGUAAAUCUGAUGGAAAUACUAACCUGUAGUUACUGCUGAAUCUGUCAUAAAUGGAUUGAGUAUCAGCAUUCUAUUUCCCCACGAGGCUCUCAGAUACACCAGUGAUGUAAAUCUGUUAAAACAAGGUGGGCCUUGUACAGCUUGAUAGCGGAAAUUAUUUUUAAACAUUUCUAAAAUUAAUCCUAAUUAUUUUAUCUUUAAAUGUUUUUAAUCGUUGUCCUUUUUAAUGGACAUGCAGGGAGAUAUUUGUGAUACUGGCUUGAAGUGGGCACUUGGUAGUCUUCGGGGUGGAGAGUUUGGCUUGAUUAGCGGAUGUAUGAAGUUCAGCCUCCAUUUUUCUCUCUCCCACCUGUAAGUUGCUGCUAUGAGCUUGGGAAGAUCAUAGCUCAAGUUCAUUUUGAACAAGACAUAAAAUGUAAAUGUAACGAUCUGAUUUGCACUGCUGCGUUAUUGUUGCGUCCUGUGAGCUACCUUCGUUUUUUUUUACAAGGACCUUGCUGAAACAUGAGGUGUGUUUUAACCAAGCAGAGAUGUUGAAUAGUGUGUCGCUAGAUCUCGGUACAUCGGUAAAGUGUUAAAACAGCGCUGCUAUUUUGUUUUAAAUUUUAAGGCACAAAUUUACAGAGGAAAAACUUGCUGGAGCAAAUGGAUGAACAGGGAUUUUUUUUUUGCAAAAGAUUGAUUUUAAACACUUUGUUCCAGUUAAGACUCUUUGCAUUUGGCUUCCCAGUGAGUGCUUUGAUAUUUCUCAGUGCGUAUGUUUAUCUUCUGGGGCUUACAGAUUUGAGGUCUGCUCUCUGUGAUGAAUUCACACCUCUGCGUCUGUGCACUUUCUUGUUCUGAUCUGCAAGGAAUUCUUUGAACUGUUCCCUGGGCAGUGUAGAUCACUCAGACUGAUCGGGACCUGUCCCUUUUUUUUUUGGAGCACACC